AUGGAAACUGUGUUUCAAGAAUUCUCUACCUAUCAAGGAACAUUAGUCAAUCCUUAUUACUGGCUUUACCCAAACCAGAACUGCUCCAAAUGUCCUUAUCAUAUUAGAACUGGAGAGGAGUCUAGAGUUACCUACAAGGAGUUUUAUGAAACUUUUGGAUUUCCAUAUGGGCCAACAAUGCAUGAAAACAAACAACUAAUAUUUUAUGAAAUAAAGGCCUUUAAUGGAGCAGUAAUACAAAAAGGCCAAGUUACUAACUGUGCUGUUUCUAAUAUUCAUGCAGAAUCCAUCUUGUUUGAAAAACAUGGCUACCUGGAUUCCUUUCUCUAUCAGCAUGAUUCAGUUGGUUACAUAACUCUUUAUGCAAACUUUACACCUUGCAAUGAAUAUGGUCACUACUGUAUUAGCAAAAUGUAUGAUUUAUUAAUCAAGUAUACACAAAUGCGUCUGGACAUCUAUUUUUCACAAAUGUAUCAUGUUGAAGUGAGUUUUCCCUCUGCUGUCUGGAACAGAGAUGCAUUAAAGAGCCUUGCUGGUCACUGGCCUAGAGUAACGAUAAAUCCACUCAGUGAUGGAAUUUGGAAAACUGUUCUUUGUGCCUUUGUGAAAGAAGUUCCGGAGACAACAACCAAUCAGCCUAUUUUGCCUAUUAGAGCAUCUGCAGAUAGACACAAUGCAUACAUGAUCCAUGUUAUCACAGGAAUUAAGCCUUACUAUGUAGAAGAUCAUCCCAUGCCUCAACCUGAAGAAACAAGAUAUCAGCCAAAAUAUCAAAGGCAUAAAGUGCAAAAUAAUUUAGCUCCCCAGCCUCCAUAUGGCUUCUACCAAUACUCUCCUUUCUUUGUUCCCCAGAAAUCUAUUGUACCUGCUUUUCAAAGCCAGAAAGAACUGAUGACUAAGCCUAAACAAGUUGUCCGUCAUCUUAGCAUGCCUAUGGACCUAAAUGAGAGAUCAAAUGGGAGUGAAUUCAUAUUCAAUGCCAGGAACGUUAAUGAGGUUGUAAGCACUGAGCAAAUAGUGUCGGAAAAGGAUAAAGAAUCAACAAGGAAUAGGAGGAAAAAAAAGAAACAUUAA